GGAAGCCUUUUAUUUUCUUCUUUAGUGUAUUUAAUAAAAUAAUUAGAUUUUGAGCUGAAAACUGAAUUAUAGAUUAACAGUGAAAUUACUAAGUUACUUUAUAAAUUGUUUAAUGUGAAAAGCAAUAAAGUCGCAGUUUGAAAUUCUUUAUAAUUCUAUUAAAAUCGUUAAAAAGAUGAUUGGAAGUGACUAUGUUUUGGAGGCUCUCAACAUCUAUCACACUACAAAUGUUGAUGGAGGAAGUUGCUUUUCCGGGGAUUCUACCUCGGCUCUUGUUCUUAAAGGAGUUAAUUUAACUCUACACAGCGGAGAAGUGAUGGCAAUAUUAGGUUCUAAAGGAAGUGGAAAGAGAGCUUUACUUGAUGUGAUUUCGAGAAGAGCUGAAGGACGUGGCAGAGGAUCUGUGUUGCUGAAUGGUGCACCGUUGACAAAAAAUCUUUUCCAACAACGUUGUGGAUAUGUCACGCAUCAAUGUGAUUUUAUUCCAGGAUUGACUGUUUCACAAACCCUUCAUUAUACCCCAACUAUAUUAAGUGGAUACUUGAAGAGCUCUAAAGUACGUCAAGUUCUUGCAGAUUUGGCUCUAUCACAAGUCUCUAAUAGAAAAGUUGAGAAUCUGACCGUCAGUGAACGACGUCGCUUAGCAAUUGGAGUGCAACUUGUUCGUGACCCAGUAAUGUUGCUAUUAGAUGAGCCGACACAAAAUUUAGAUCCACUUGCAUCUUAUUUACUCAUAUCAAUUCUAUCAAAUUCAGCAAAAAAGACAGGUUGUGGAAUAUUGUUAAGCAUGGAAAAACCACGCUCAGAUGUUUUUCCAUUUCUAGAUCGUGCACUUUUCUUAUGCCUUGGAGGUGCUGUCUACUCUGGUGGAACCAGAGCGAUGCUCGAGUAUUUUCACAAUAUUGGCUUUCCAUGUCCACAAUUAGAAAAUCCACUGAUGUAUUAUUUGUGUUUGUCAACAGUUGACAGAAGGAGUCGAGAUCGCUUUUUAGAAUCCAGUCAACAAAUUGAGGCACUAGUUGAAAGAUUUUCAAGAGAAACAAAUUUAUCAGACUCACCACCAGCAGCAAAUAUUAUCGGAAAGAUCCCACUUGCAUAUGGAAAACCAUCAGAGUUCAAAAUCUUUGGGAUUUUAUUCGUUCGACUUUUAGCAUCAACAUUUUCAUGUGGAAUGUCGGGCAUUAAAACCAUGUUUUUGAGAAUUUUCGCACUGCCUACUUUAUUGAGCAUCUUAUGGAUAUUUUACAGCAAUGUUGGGGACGACAAGCAUGGAUUCUUUAGCAAAAACAGCAUGGUAUUAAACAUAUUAGGGCUAUCUUAUGGAGCUGGAAUUUUGACGACAAUUUCCUUAUUUCCAAUUUGGAAAAAGAAAUUUAUUCAAGAGAACUUUGAAGGAUUAUAUUCAGGAGUGACUUUAUUACUAUCCUACAAUUUUUAUUCAAUUCCAUUUUCAUUUAUAAGCUCAGCUAUAGCAGCAAGCGUUAUAUACCCAAUGAUUUUGGAUCCUUCAAACCUUGACACUGGAUAUCCAUUCAUUUAUAUCUUAAUUGCUAUAUGGACCAGUUACAUGCUUGCAGAACAACUUUCAAUAUUCUUCUUAUUUUUCAUCAAAUCAUCUAUAAAUGCAGUUGUAGCUACAUCAUACAUUUUGUGCGUUUUGAUAACUCUUGGAUCAGGAACAGUUAGAAGUUGGAAGGGCUUACAGCCGAUUCUUCAAGACGUUACAAAAGCUACUUCACAUUCACAUUAUGCAUCGGCACUUUUACACAGUGCAAUAUUUUUGUCACGUAGAAUGAGCUGCAAUCCGAAAAAUGCUAAUCCAUCAAUAGUAUGUCCGAGUCCAAAAGAAUUUCUACUUGAACGAAUUGGAUCACAAAACUUUACAAACGAGUACAUUGAUAUUUCAAUUGUCUUUGCAUUUGCAGUUGGACUAGCAUUUUUCAAUAUGAUUGUCUAUUUACUUCCAAAAAAGAACAUUAAAAAUGCAUAAGAUGAUGAAUAUUGAUGUAUAUCACUAAAACUUUUUAUUAUGAUCCAGCAUGUGAACUUAAUUCGUACUUUUUGUAAUAAAUUAACGUAUAUUAUUUUUGAAAAAUUGUUUUGUUGCUAUAAUUGGCGCUAUUUAGAGUAGAACUAUGUUUAGGCUGCAAAAUGAUUGUGACGCAGAUUAUAUCAUCAAUUUUAAAUGAUUUUUGAAUGAAUAAAAUUGUUUAAAAUUAAUUUUCAAGAAAAAAAA